AUGAAGGAGGCAGAGACUAAAAGAGUACAGAAAGGAACAAGGGAGGUUUCGUUUGUUCUGGACUAUCUUAUCUCUAAAUGUUACAUUGAGACUUUGAAGCAAAUGCAACCUACGGAUGAAGCCAAAGUAGCUCUGCGCCACCAGAUCAAAACCUGGAUCCUAGCCGGUGAAACCGAAAAGGCACAAGUUCUACUGGACAAAGAACUCCCCAAACUACUCCAAGAGAAUCAGGAACUUGCAUCUCAGCUGAACACUCAGACCUUCAUUGAACUCGUUCGCAAAGACGAGCCUGAGAAGGCCCUGGUCUUUGGCCGGGCUUGUAUUCAGCAGGGCCAGAACAUUAUGCAAACUGAUAAUCUCUUUCUUCUGCUGGCCUACAAGAAUCCAGAAGAGUGCAGUGUUUCUAAGGACUUUCUGAGUUUAGAAAGACGCGAUACACUCUUUGCUGCUAUCGAUGCAGCCGUUAAAGGUAAGUUAAAUAGGUCUAAUUUUAAGAAAAGCUAUAUGGAAGAAGAUCUUCACUACUUGAAUCUUGUGCGCAGAUUAGGGAAAUCGCAGAGUGGCUCAAGAAGUCCGAAUAAAGUCAUCAAUGGCCAUCUUGUUUUUUUAUGGUCAAGUUUAAGCUGA